AUGCGAUUCUCCGCGACGACUCUCCUGAUCACGGCGCUGGCGUGGUUCACCACCGUGACCGCACACAACAUCCAGCUCCGGGCUCACUCCCGCGAAUGCUUCCACGAGUCCUUGCACAAGGAUGACAAGAUGACUGUCUCCUUCCAGGUCGGAGACCGGGAAUUUGGUGGCAGUGGCAACCUGGAGAUCGAUUUCUGGGUCGAGGACCCCCUGGGUAACCGUCAAUACUACAAGCACGCCAUCUCGUCGGAGGACUACUCGUUCAACGCGCACUCGGACGGCAAAUACGUCUACUGCUUCAGCAACGAAGGAUGGGCCUCGAACUCCAAGGAAGUCUCUUUCAACGUUCACGGAAUUGUCUACGUUCCCGAAUCGGAAUUGGCGCAGGAUCCCUUGGAGGCGGAAGUCCGCAAGCUGUCCGAGGCCCUGGCACAAGUUAAGGAUGAGCAGUCGUACAUUGUCGUGAGAGAGCGGGUUCACCGGAACACGGCCGAGAGCACCAACGCCCGUGUGAAGUGGUGGAGUAUCUUCCAGCUGGCUGUGCUGAUCGGAGAGGGUAUUUUCCAGGUGUGGUGGCUCAAGAGAUUCUUCGAGGUCAAGCGUGUUGUCUAG